AGGCAGUGACGAACCACGAUGUGAAGGCCGUCGAGUACUUCCUCAAGGACAGGUUCAAGGCGCACCCCGAGAUCGCCCCGAUCCUGGAGUUCUUCCACUUCGCGUGCACGUCGGAGGACAUCAACAACCUCUCGCACGGGCUCAUGCUGUCAGCCGCCGUGCAGGGCGAGACCGCCUCCCCCACAACGGUCGGCAAGGAGCUGGCCGUCUUCGCCGCCCGGCUGCAAACCCAGCGAGAUCAGAUAUCCGCCAUCGAGCCGCAUGACUACGUGGCGGAGCUGUUUGACGCCGUGUGCCGCUUCAACACCAUCCUCAUCGACCUCGACCGGAAUUUGUGGGGCUACAUCUCCCUGGGGUACUUCCGACAGAGGGACCUCACCGACUCAACUGUCCUCCGCAACCUGGGUGUGGGGCUGGCUCACUCGCUCAUUUCCUACAGCAGCACGGCCAAGGGGCUGAGGAAGCUGGAUCUGGAUGCGGUGAAGAUCGAGGCGGACCUCAACGACGCGUGGGAGGUGCUGGCAGAGCCCAUUCAGACUAGCUAAUCUCACCCAUGUCCAUAUCAAC